GUGAAAAAAUGUAUGAGGAUCAUUUAAAUAUCGAUACGUCUCGCUGUUCGAUUUAAAUGGACAGGGUCUGCUCGAUUUUUGCCAACAAUUGCUGGCAAUCUGACGUAGGCAUACAUAUGUAUAUACAUAUGAGAUUACAUACUCAUGGUGCAACUCCGUCGACAAGUGAAUUAGUGGAGACACCAGACGCACCAGACACACCAGACCGAGCCAGCCAGACGCCAGUUGAAAAAUGGCAGACUGCGAGAAGGAGGAGGCGCACAAUCUCCAAAUGGAGUUUGAGUGGGUGCUCCACGAGGAAGUGCACUCCUCGUUGUCGCAGCUCCGAAAUAUCUUGAUGGAGUGUGCUCAGCGAUUUCCACUGGCGCUCUUUGGUAAUGAUCAACAUAAUAAAACUGACAGAUUCGUCUUUGCAGCCCCACAUGACCAAGUCAAAUGUGUUGCUGUCUUGACAGGCGACAGUAUUACAAAUGCGGAAGUGAAUUUUAAAGUACAACGACAACAGAAUAUUAAUAUGAGGACGAGUAUUCAGAAUGAACAUCCAUGGAAGUUACAGCAAAUUCAAGAUGCUGCUAAUCAUUUACAGCAAGGCAUUGCUCAUAUAGAUAAUGUAGAUAGACAUUAUCUUUUUAAAACCUCAGACGAAGUCAUGCAUGUACUAGGUAAUAUUUUAGGUUGCCUUCAGAGAAGCAGGACCAGUUUAAUUGUUCCUAGAAAAAAGACAAUUGAUGAUCUUAUUAAGAGUCGAAAUAUGAAAUCUCUUAAUCCAAACCUUCCAGAAAAUUUGGCUAUUAGCUUUUACAUUCAAAGUUACAAACUGGUUUUGGCUAUUUAUCAGUUAGAGAAUGCUCAUGGCAGCGUCAAAUAUGAAACCCAGCAAGCGGAAUGCAGUGUGCCAUGGCUAAAUGAUGCUCUUGUAUUACUUACUAUUGCAUUACAACUUUGUCAACGACUGAAAGAUAAGAUAUGUGUCUUUUCCCAAUACAAAGAUUUUACGGUAGGUUCUCGUGUUCCUUCCGCGAUGGGAUGGUAACCUAAUUUUUAACACCAAGAGAAUUUUCACAUUUAAACUCGAUAUAGCAGUGCUAUGUGAAGUGAAAAAAAAAUUGGCCUCAACCAAUAAUACUUGUUCUGGCCUUUGUUUUUACAUCUGUUGAUUGUUGUCCUCUUAUCAUAUUUCUCAUUACAUUAGAAUGUUGUUCUAGCGUUUUUAAAUCGGUACAGUGUGCGCCUAGUAUUACAAUAAUAAUAAUAAUAAUAAUAGUAAUAAUAAUAAUAAUAAUAAUAUAUACAGUGUAUUAUGUAAUAUAUUAAUUAUUGAGAUGUUGGAUCAAAAAGAUUCACAUGGAUAUGUGAAUCAGCAAUGGAUAAUAACAAAUCACCAUAGGCCAGAAAUAGAAGAUUUAAGCAUUUUGCCAAUUAUUGGUGUGCCUAUCACCAUGUUAUAUUGUGUUCUUCCCAUUUCUGAAGUAGUUUUCAUGAACGUCUAAAUCGUUAAGCAUAUAACAUCUGAAGUUGUCAUUUCAUCUACAAAAGUUGAAAUAUUUAAUACAUCUGUGAUUCUAGAAAUGUAUGCUAUAAUCCUCUCCUUACUGAAUUAGAAUAUGCUUUCACAUCAUUGGUUAUUUUAUUAUUUUAGAGAGAUCACGGUAGUGUCUCGCGCUAAGUUCAUGUAUUAAUAGACAUGAAUUUUAACUUUUCUCUUUUAUAUUGUUUGUUGCUUGUGCAUAACUAUCCAUAUAGAAUUACUUUUUAUCUUAAUAUCACAGAGUUGUUAGGUUGUCCAUAAAAUAAUGUCAUUUUACAUUUUAAUCUUUUAUAUUAUAUUUUAACUUCCAAUUUUAACGAUCAAUACUUGAUGGAAUUAAUCGAAAUAAGAGACAAAUAACUCGACGCAUUUGUAAUUUGUUUACAUUGAUCAGAGUUUAUGUUUAUUCCAAAGGGUUUCUUAUAAUUAGUAAAGAAUUUUCUCAUUAAAAGUUGGGUAAAAUUGUUCAAAGAGAUGGUAAUCACUUGAUAAGUAAUUUAAUGAAUAUGAUAAUGAAUAUGAUUUAAUGAAUAUGAAGUGAGAUAAGAUUUUGAUCAAUGAGUUUAGUUUUUGAUAGAUCUUUUGUAGAUGUGUCAUGUGGGAAUGCUAUAUUUUUUCAAUUGACUAGUGCCAAUCCUUUAAUUUCCUACUUUUUUGAUCCAAUUUCUCUUAGUAUUUAUUGAUUAUUUUAUUAUUUUAAAAAGUGCAUAAUAUAUUAGCCAUUAUCCACUAACCAGUUAUUACUACUCGAAUCGAGCUUUUAUGAUAAAAACAUUCAAAUUUUAAAAAGAAAUGUUAUUUUUCAAAAAAUUUAUAUCUUUGCAUGUUAUCUUUUGCAAAGCAAAUCUUCAAAAAUAUCAAAAUUUAAAAAUUCAGAUGCAAUAACUUAAUAUCUUUCUACUAACACAAGAAGAUGUGCUAAUUUAAC